AUGGUGAGAUUCUGCGGUCUCUGUCGACCGAAGGCAGCACCGAAACCGGGAGCGGAGCUAUCGGACAAUCGUCAUCCUCAACCGGUUGAGCUCGACGGUGACGGUAGCCAGAGAGAGACCAGAAAUGCACAGGCUCUAACUCAACCACCUACAGACUCAGCUGAUCCAGAAUUAGGUGCCACAUCCAGUCUGGCUGAAAAGAACGAUGUUGCCAUUGAGAUCUGGUGUGGUGCAUACUCGGAACUUCAGGAAGAAGAGGCCCAGCUGGUGGAGGUCUACGAGACAAUCUUAGGCCAACAACUAUUGGAAUCUGUGCUCGGAGAGAUCACAACGGCAGCUAUGAAUAUCUUUGCUGGUGCAACUGUUACAGUCAAAAUCGCUCAGAUGAAGCGAGUUACUCAGAAGACGAUAGAAAAGGCCACAGAGCACGCAAAGCCCCAUGAAGGAGUCGGUCAAACGUGGUCAGGCAUCUGCGGCGCUUUACCGUGCCGUAAGUGGACGACCGGGUAUGGGACCACUACCGCAGUAUCGAUCUGCUGGGCCGAGCCCGCGGACACUGUCCAGCGGCCCAAUGAUGCUCCCAUCAAGGCAUGCUUGCUUGCAUUACACAAAUACAUGGCAGACUUUGAGUAA